AUGUCGAGAGGAUCAGGUCCAAUUUUGUCCCAUGGACCUGAAACGAAGGUUUUUACUACAGAGCAGGCGGCGAGGAGCGUAGUUGUAACUAAUAUAGCGUCGCAGACUGCAGAUAAAAACAUCAUUAUUUAUUUUCAGAGGGAAAGUAAUGGCGGAGGAGAGAUCGAUAAUGUACACAUUCCACAGAAAGGAACAGCCGUUGUCACCUUUGAGAGCAAAGAAGGUUUGUGUGAAACUAGUUUCUUCAUGUUAUAUUUAUUUGUAGUAAUGUUUGAACGCGAAUUGACUUCAUGGUCGAUGAUGAUAGACAGUACUUCCGGCUUCGCCAUCGUGGUUCGACGAGCUUGCAGAAGCUAAUGGCUUUCAUCUCAUGCAGAAAGUGAUUCGUCGGCCGAAUAAAUUUUGAAAACUCAGUUUUAUAUAGCGGUGCUGCGAAGCUACUGUAUGCAUAUUAUGUACAAUAGUCAUAUACGAAUACCUUCAUCAAAAUAAAACCUUAUGGCAUCGUCAAAGGUCGCCGGAGAAAAAAAAAUUCCAAGAAAAACUUCUGAAGAGAUAAAGGGAGUGUUACUUCAUUCAUGUAGGGAUGGUGAAUACAAUUGUUAUGAAGAGUGCUGUGAAACCUCUUUUCUAGAGGGUACGGAUCAAAUUUUAAGAAUAAUUGUUACUUUCUGCAGGGGUUACCGCAGGAAAAGAAGUUGUUGGGAUCAAGGCACCUUAUCAAUGGGAUGAGGGGGUAGUGGUUUUGUGAUUUGUGUACUUUUAAGUCAAAAAAGGCAAUCAGUGACAUUAUUUUCCUAAAAUUAUCUGCAUUAACGUCCCAUAGGCUGCACUUUCUCUGUGCAAUAUCUUAAAUAGUGGCUGUGCCAUCUGCCCUGCACUUGAGCGGGGUAAUGGGCACAGUUGAAUUUAACUGAAUCUAGGAAAUACCUCAAACGUAGGUUUCAAUUUUUAAAUAAGAUGUCUGAAGAGUGACCUUACCAAUAAGCCUCCGACCUCCUAAACCUACUUGAUUUUAAAAAAUUACUAACCUUGAAAACAUGGUUUUAAUGCAAUACAUGUACAGAAUGAGAUAUGUAUUUUUUUUGCAUUACCUAGUUGUGGAGAACGUCCUGAAGUAUUCUCACAUACUUCAUGGGUCAAAAUUGAAGCUUGAGCGAUUUACUCCCGAGCAAUUCCCUGAGGUUAGUAAAAGAAAGUUACAUUGGUUACUAACAAACUAAUGCACUAAUAAUUCUGUGAAGAAAGCAUCUUUUCAAUGAGACUGUCUUCCAAUCGAGUAAAGACGUAGCUGAAAUCAACCUGGGUUCUGAUUGUUCUAGACAAAAUAAUCAAGAGUCUUAAUAUCUUCUUCCUCUUGGCUUCUUCAAUGGAUAUGAGCUUUACUAAUACCAAGGUAUCUCUUGGAGUAUUGAUUAAGUAGCUUGGUGUGAUGUUCUUAAAGUAGGAAUAAUGUGAUCCGUAUUAAACAUGAUUGGCAAAGACGUUGGCCAGGGUAAAUUAUGCGUGCAAUACCUUCCAGCACCAUGUCGACUUCCGAUUUCUGGGUAACACUUUCACUCAGUUCCAACGGACAAAUUGUGCAUGCCGGCAGUUACGUUUCCUUUAUUUCAUCGAUUUUUCUUUUACAGGUUCUUACGCAAGUUGAGGCGCGUGUUAACUUUGGUACAUUUGAUCCGUUUCCUCGUGAUACUCAGAGCAUCCUUGAAAUUCUAAAGUCCAACACAGGAGUGAGAUAUCGCAACAGCUCAGGGUGUUUCAUUCUUUCUGGGACUUUUAUCCAAAUUGAAGCAGCGAAUAAAGUUCUCCACCACCUAGUGAAGGGAAAUGGAGAGAGAAAUUCAGUACAAACCGAGGCAGAUGGUUCCAAUAGAUUGGAUGAACGUGGCUGUAAUUCAUCUAGCAUCUCUGAGUCCAGCAGCUUUGAUGUUCAACCAAAGGUUAUGCAACUACUGAAACGAGUACACAAGAAGAAACUUCAAGACAUUCAAGAAACGUUCUCUGUGGAGAUUGAUUGGAUUGAAAACACAAACCAAGUGAACGUAUGUCCAAAGAAAGGGCUAAACAAUCUCAUUCGUCUCCAAGAAGGCUGUGAUGCUUUCAUCAAUCUUUAUCAGGAAUUUUAUCCAAACAUGGCACGGGAGGAAGUAGAACUCUCAGACAGUGCCAAUGAAAGACUUGUCCAGCAAGUCGUUAGUGUUGCUGAGGCUGAUGAUCCCAUAAUAGUUGAAAAGGCAGAUAAAAACUUAGUAGUCUACGCGGAGAAGAAUAGCAUUAGAGGCUAUGUACAAUUUUUGAAGGAAAAACUUGGUAUAGCCCGCGACAGCAACAGUAAAAGGACAAGACGUGGCCAAGGAAGCACAGGACAAAGUACUUCGGUCAAUGACAAAAGAUCAAGGCAAGGAGGAUAUUUACCGACUCAACAUUUAGUUCAAGUACUGGACAACGAAGUGAAGUUAUCUUUAUACAAUGGAGAUAUCACCGAUGAGGCUGUUGAUGCUAUCGUCAAUGCAGCCAACGAGAGGCUUCAGCACAGCGCUGGUGUGGCAGCUGCUAUUGUGCGCAAAGGGGGGCGUCAGAUACAAGAAGAGUCCAAUCGAUUAAUAAAACGAUAUGGAACACUUAAUGUCGGCGGAGCUGUUUACACUAGUGGCGGUAGUCUUUCCUGUCGCCAUGUAAUUCAUACAGUUGGUCCAGAGUGGUACAGACAUGGGAAAGAUAUGAGCAGAUCCCUUCUCUGGCAAGCUUGUCUUGAAAGCCUUGCUCUUGCAGUGAAAUUAGACCUUUCUUCCAUUGCCCUAACGGCUAUCAGCUCUGGUAUUUUCGGCAUGCCAAAAGACACUUGUGCUGAAGUCAUGUUUUUGGCAAUAGAAGAAUUCAGUUCAAGUGAAGGUGCCAAGUUUAGUACCCUUCGUGACGUGCGCAUCGUCAUCAUUGACGAACCAACAUUAAGCGUCUUUCAGGAAGAGUUUGCGAAACGCUAUGUUGCACACGAGGCAUCACCAAAAACAGUGUCCACCCAGGGACGUUCCUCCGAUGAGCAGGAGUCAACUUCUACGGCCCCAAACUCGAAAGAUAGUGCACAUCAGUCGAAAAGAAAUGAUUCAUCUCCAUCAACACGGCAGGCACAGUUUGGCGACAAAGCAUUUUCAGGAGAGAAACGAGAGCAGAACGGAGAUGUUGGCUCCCCAAGUGUGCCAACUAAUCUAGAGGAGGUCGGGCAGAGCAGCACCACACCCGAUAGCGUCAAUGAAAGUGGUAAAAAUGGUUAUAAGGACAAUCUAUCAACGGGCCAAUUAAACAAGGAUGAAGAAAAUUGUAACUCAGGAGUUAAAGAUCCAGCCUCAGUGGUAGAUCCAGUGAAGUAUAAAGAAAGUAAUGCUCGUCCAUCAUACUCUGGAAAAGGAAGAGGAAGAGAAAGAGGCAAUCUAGCUGCCAAUUUUAGUGGUAAUGAAACAGCUAAAAAUGCAACCAGAGGUACCAAUUUGGGGAUAAACUCUUCAGAAAUUUCAAAGGGAGGAGCUCGACCACCUGGUCUUAUUGUUACACAGGAAGGAAAAACUCUCGCGAAAUCCUUGAAUAUUCAUGGGGAAGGUGAUCAGAAGAGCAAUGUUGACGAGACUGGUAAAGCCAAAAUCGCGGAGGACGAUGAUGAACCUAGCAGUGACGAUUUGCAAAACGCAAAGCAACUUCAAAACUUAGCCAACCAAAGUUUUGACUCGGAAAAUUCCAAAGUCGAAGCAGACGAUGGGGACAGAACAGAUCAUACACCUAACACAUCUUCAAGGGAGGGAAGUAACAAACCUUCAAAUAACAAAGAUGUGAGUAACGAUAAACAGCGCCCUCAGCAGCUCAAGGAGGAAGGUUUCUCUACACCAGGCAUGAAAACUGAACAAAAAUCUGAGCAACCUACAAACCCAGCACUCAAUGACAACAAUAAAGCAGUUUCGCCACAAGAUGAAGUGAUCAUUCGGUCAACAAAGCCGAAGGAAACGCAGUCAGCAAUGGAAAGCACACCUGAAGAUGACCCUUCCGCCAGCUGUCUGAGUUCGUCAUCUGACCCCUCAUUCUCAAAUCAAGACGUAACUGACGUCGAUAAAGACAAGGUUGGAGAACGGAGGGAUACCCAGGAGUCUGAAAAUCAAGACCAUGUUACAGGUAUACAGUCCGAUUCUGUACGCUUUAAAUCGUUAUAUCUGCAGCAAACUCCGGUAGCGUGCCCAAAUAGGCUGUCUUCAUUUAGUGUUAUUCUUUGACAUUCAAACUGCACGCUCUUUGCGACACGGGACACGGUCUUUUCUCCCAUAUCUAGAGACCAAGAAGUUGGUAUGUAAAAAAAACGAGGCUAGGUGAGUUUUUCUAUACCAACCUCGAAGUGACUAGGUGGGUAUCGCAUAGAGCACAGUGUCUAGUGUUUGAUAAAGCAUAAAUUCCUGGACAGAUUCACGGCUUAAGUUCCAAAAAUGUUAUUGUUAUUAGUAUGCGAGAUCCGGCCUUUUUCACGGUGGUGAUUUCCCUUGUUUCCCCUCUAAUGGGUAUUAAUAAGUGUGAGAAGAUCAUCGGCUGAUUGGAGAGUUAAUGUUAUGGCCUAAAACUCCACCAAUAAUUUUAGCUUUACAUUAAUUUACUUUUGUAGUAUUAUCUUCCCUUUGAAAACUUUUUCCGAUUUAUAUCAAUUGCCAUUUAGACAUGAAUAAUGAUGUCAUUUGACAAUUUUUUGCUACUACAUCCAUUACUAACUGUUCCUUUAGAAAUCGUCACUUUUGAAAUGCAGAGCUCCCAGCUCAAAUAAGAAAAGUGAUCACUCGCUUGCGAGUCUUUCGUGAAUUACCGGCAAAAAAAAUGAACUUGCUGGCUGUAGAAUGUUCGAGUUGUUCCUAGCCUACUCAAUUGGCUACGCCUCUUGCAGCACUUGAAUUUCUUGCUUAUUUCACAGCCAGCACUUAUGUUAAUAUGCCGGUUACUUACACUGACAUCAAUCUGUAACCUUGAAAUAACAACUAUAUUUGUGUAAAUAUAUUACAGUUCAACGUCCCAUAUCAAAUCUUCUGUGUAGAUAAAUAAAAAAAGUUGAUUUUAAUCAAAUGCAGAGAAUAUCAUCACAGGUAAAGACGCAACUUAUGCAGUCGCGAAAAGAAAACCGACAAUCUGACUUGCCGGGUGUCGAGGCCCUGAUCUCUUGGAUACCGGCGCAGCGCUCCAACCAAUUGAGCUGGCAAGCCAACUGGGAGGUGGUCAUUAAACUGGUUCUUAAUAUAUCCGGGAAAUAGAAAGAUGCUUUUGUUCACAGAAUUCUUGACUCUAAACCUGAAUAUAGAUUUGAUCCUUAUCAAUCCUGUUUCUUUUUAGGUCCACCAAUGCUUCUUGAAGGGCAGAAUGGCCAUCAGGGUGGACAAAGAUGCUUGAUGUGCAUGAAUUUACAUAAUGAUCCUGUUUUUCUUUGGCGGUGUGGAAAUAAUCAUCACUACUGCAAGUCGUGUUCAGAUUAUUUAGAUGGUGCUGGAAUAAUUUGUCCAGAGUGCCGAAAGGAAGGUCUUCGUCAAGGAAACCAACCAGUUGGAAGCAUGACCUGGGUGACGGAACCAAAUAGUUCACUUCCAGGGUACGACAGUUGUGGAAUUAUUGUAACGCACUUCAACUUUGACGAAGGGUUUCAAGGUACUUGUCGUUUUGUUUUGUUUUGUUUUCCGUAGCCGGUAACAGCUACACAUUUGCGGUCGUACGACCCUUUAUUUCUAGCUGAUCGGCGGAUCGUUUGGUCUUCUCAAAUUAGUAUGUUUCCCUGUGAAUUACUGUAAGCAGUUAACAAAAUAAUCCGUCGUCCAAAUAAGAAAGGAAGCAAGUUUGGAAGCUAUGGAAUUUAACAUUUCUUCCAGGUCCAGAACAUCCCAAUCCAGGAAAGCCUUACAAAGCCUUGAACACUACAGCCUUCCUGCCUUUGAACUCAGAUGGUAAAGAAGUGUGUUGCCUGUUACGAAAGGCUUUUGAUGCAGGGGUCCUAUUUGCAAUUGGGAAGUCUCCGACUACCGGAGAAGAGAAUAAUAUCAUUUGGAACGGCGUUGAACUUAAGACAAGUCAACGUGGAGGUCCGGCCAGGUACAGUAUUAUGCAAAUGAAAUUGAAGCUAGUUUCGACGACAUUAAAUGUUUGAGAAACUUUCGUAAUUUGACCAAAUUUCAAUUUCGUCUUUUCUUGAGGCUAUGCUCUUUAUUAUCGUGGGUUGCUCUGACGUAAGAUCGACUAAUUAAUUAAUGAUCCUCAUUUUCAUUGUCGUCAUUGACUCAUCGUCACCCUCACCGUCAUUCGUAUAGAACCUUUACGUAUGGACUAACUCGUCGCAUUGUUUCCAUAGACAGAAAAAAGUGUUCAAAAUUGUUUCACUCUCUCAGUGCAAGAGUUAGCCUUUCCAUAGUUAAGCACCCCUUCCAGUUGCAAAAGGUUUAGUAGAAGAGUUUAAGAAAAGGCCCCUUGCACAAGUUGCAGCUGGAAGUUCACGUGGUACAAAUCCGUCAUACUGGAGAGCCAGUGACGUGCUGGGACAAGACAAAGAGCUCGUAUCAUCUAAAAUGGUAAUUUCCUUUGUUUGUCUUGUCCCAGUGCGUCCUCCAGCAUGGCGGUUUUUUACCACACGAAUGACUAGCUGAAAGGGCCUAUUGGCUGUUUCAUGCUAGAAAGGCAUUGGUAAAGGGUGUCCUGUGCCACGGGUGCCUUAACCUUUAGUACUUCUCCAACUUAGCUCUUCACUCUAUGAGUAUCAGCAUGUCUACUGUUUAAGGAUAUAGCUUACGUGGUAAGCGUAACCAGAGCUGGGUAGAAGGGUUCUCACAUUCCUCGUUUACGUUUGCCAGACAGUCUAUUAUUCUCAAUUGUGCUUCUACUUUAUCUUUUGAGGGGGUCUGUACAAGGAAAGUAUUCAACAUAACCUGAAGAUUGUUAUUGUAUGCUGUCUAAUUUUAAUACAAUCCUUGAUCUUCCGUUGCAGUUAUGGCUACCCAGACCCCAGCUAUAUUGAUCGCGUGAAGAAGCAGCUGGCUGAAAAAGGAAUUACACCUUCCCAAGAAUGA